ACAGAAGGGUUAUGAGUGAAAGAUGCACACUUGUGACUUGAACACCGGCCUUGAAGUUAAGUAAGCCAUGAUUUAUCCUGGUCUAGCCAAAAUAGCAAAACAAAUGGCGGCUUCUGGACGUAUUAUUCGAGGAAUUUCUUCCUUAAUUUAUCGAAAAGGGACGGGAUCUAACAACAAUUUAUUCAAUAAAUUAUCAGCGUCAUCCACAACUUUUUUCCGGAAUCAAACUACGGAUACUACGCCCACCAUAAGGAAAAAUGAUGCUGUUUCCACCUCCAGCCUUAUGGACUUUGGUUUAUAUGUGGCAGAGUGUAUGCCAAAGUAUGUGCAGAAAGUGCAGAUUGUAACCGGAAAUGAAUUAGAGGUUCUAAUUGCACCUGAUGGAAUAGUCCCUGUUCUACAAUUCUUGAAAGACCAUCAUCAAUGUCAGUUUGCUAGUUUGGCCGAUAUUGGGGCCAUGGAUGUUCCUUCAAGGGAAAAUAGAUUUGAGGUCAUCUAUAAUCUCCUCUCACUACGAUUCAACUCACGGAUACGAGUCAAGAGUUAUACAGAUGAAUUGACUCCGGUCGAUUCUUCCUAUGAAGUUUUUAAAGCUGCUGACUGGUAUGAAAGAGAAGUUUGGGACAUGUAUGGGGUAUUUUUUGCGAACCAUCCUGAUUUACGACGAAUUUUGACUGAUUACGGAUUUGAAGGCCAUCCAUUUCGAAAGGAUUUCCCCCUCACUGGAUAUGUUGAAGUACGUUACGAUGAUGAAGCGAAACGUGUUGUUGUUGAGCCAGUAGAGUUGGCACAAGAAUUUAGGAAAUUCGACCUUUCAAGUCCGUGGGAGACGUUUCCUAAUUUUCGGGCAGUUUCUGCUGGAACGGAAGAGGAUAAAACUAAAGCCACGUAACCUGGUCCAGGAAAUCAGCGAGAAGUACUUCAACUGCUGUUGAUUACACGCGACUGGAGUUAUUUUAUAGUUGGUGUACAAAUAAUAAAUACAGUAACAUCCUAUUAGA